GUUGGCUUGCGUGUCAUGUUGAUGAAUGCUGAAACUGGAGUCAACAUGUCCACCGCUGCUGCUCACCGAAACAAUAACGAGGAGCCCGGGCUUCACGGCUCUUGGGUAGAGCUGGAGCUGAACGGGAACACAGCGGCCCACGGUGCACAGACCAGCUCGCCAGCGAUGCCCGCCGCAGACCAAGUAAACGCCAACGCCGGCAUGAGUGCGACUCUGCAGAGCCUGGAGGUGGUUCCUGAGAGCGACGAGACCCUGAUCGGAGGUCUGGAACACGUCCCGUCAUCGUCCUCCAUCCACAACGGAGACAUGGAGAAGAUCCUGCUGGACGCACAGCACGAGUCCAGCCAGAGCAGCUCCUCUUGUGAUAGUCCUCACAGGCCACCGAGUCCAGACCAGGACGAGGGUCAGAUAACGUUCGACGUGGAGAUGUCCAGCCUCAAAGACAGUCAGUCAGAGGACGACUGUCCAGAGAAGGACAGAGAAGAAGACAUCCUGAUGAACAAAGAAGUAGACUGGGUCUCUGAUUGGUCCAGCCGGCCGGAAAACGUCCCACCAAAGGUGUUCCACUUCAGGCACCCCCGGCGUUCAGUAUCUCUCAGUAUGAGAAAGAGUGGAGUCAUGAAGAAAGGUGGCAUCUUUUCUGCCGAAUUCCUCAAAGUCUUCAUCCCUUCUUUACUCCUCUCACACAUCCUCGCUCUCGGCAUCGGGGUGUACAUUGGGAAGAGAAUCGCCACAGCCUCCACCAGCUCUUACUGAGCAGAAGAUGAAGCAGUGCCUGGAUGUUUCCCCAUCUCCAAGUGUCCCAUCCAUCCUCCCACAUUUCCCUUUCCAGUCAGCGUUCAGUCCUGUCACAUUGUAGAUUAGCUAUAGAGUUAUACACAUGCCAUGGUUGCACUCCAUCAUAUUCUGACACAGGGGCAGCUUUCACCCACUUGAAUCCAGAAGAUGACGGACCCCGAUGCCCCUAAAUUCCACCAGGCGCGUGCGUCUGCGCUGCGUUCAAAGUUCAGGGUUUUAAAUUGACACCUGCCAACCUGCCAAAUGCAGGUAAAAAAUGUACUUUGGCAGGUAACAUUUUAAAGUUACAAGCCAGUUUGGCCGGUGAUGAACGAAGCAGAUAACUCUGCGUGUGUUUGAAUCGUCCAGCUGCAGAAACGAUGCAACAAGUCUGAAAUUUGGGCGGUUUUGUGUGUGUGUUUUAGUUUGGGAACGUUAUCUUUAUCCAGCGACGCUGCUUGUAGUCCUAAUCCUUCAUUUCCCAUGACGAACAGAACGGCGCAAAACACACCAGAGUAGCUGAAAUUAACGUAAAACAUGUGGCUAGUGGAAAAUCUGAUUGGCUGGUAACUUUAAAAAGCUACUAGCCAUGUUGGCUGGUGAUCAAACAAGUUAAUUUAAAGCCCUGAUCGCGGCAAAUCAAAACUAGGGUUGGGUACCGAAACCUAC